UCCAUGCAUCUACCACCAGGACUGCUGGCAGACAGCAAGCAGCCAGAGGAACAACUUUGCUCCAACACUUUACUUCAUCAGGGAUACACAUAUAGAGAUUUUUUCUUACAAACUGUUCAAAAAUGGAUCACAGACUGAUAUUUGCUAUGACCUUGGUUGCCGGAUUUUUAAUACUGGAAGGAGGGACAGCCACAAUCUCAACAUCCGGUAACGCUACUUUCAACACAUUUGAUGUGCAGCCUCUCGCUACAAACAUCACAAACGCAAUGUGUGGACAGAGGAAGCUGUGUCUCACCAUACCCACCUCCUGUGACCCAGCAGGCAGUGCACCAUGUCUGUUUGCCUCCGCAUCCAUCUCAUCGCAAGGAAACCUAUUUUUUGAGCUCAGAGGGAUUUCCAAUGUGUACAUUGUUCUGGGACUGAGCUCAGACAGCUCACUGCAAAAUGGUUUCAUGUUUGCCUGUGGUCAAAUGAAUGGCAAUGCGUCCUUUCUAUACACAAAUAAUUCACUGAACCCAAAUUACCAGUACCAAGUGGUCUCAGCUUCGGGAUCAGUGAGUGGGAAUGUCCUUCAGUGCACCUUCCAAGUUUCUGGCCUCACUUCCUCGAUCCUGAAUUUUUUUACUCAGAUCAACAACUUGUACGUCUUCCUUGCUACUGGCAACAUCAUCAAUGGAAUGUCACAAUCAUCUGCCGUUCAGUUGUUCAACACAAGCUCCAUUGGCCUAAUUAAUAUGGCCAACUUAAUCACAUUCUUCAACAACCUGCUUUAUGUUCCCAUUUCCACGCAGCCUCUGACUGCAAGCAUCACAAAUGCAACGUGUGGACAGAAGAAGCUGUGUCUCUCCACACCCACCUCCUGUGACCCAGCAGGCAGUGCAUCAUGUCUGUUUGCCUCCGCAUCCAUGUCAUGGCAAGGAAACCUGGUUUUUGAGCUCAGAGGGAAUUCCAGUGGGUACAUUGCACUGGGACUAAGUACAGUAAACCCAACGCUAAAUUCCGUUGUGUUUGCCUGCGCACAGCAAAAUGGCAGCAUCUUUUUGCACACCUUCCUGCUCAAAGACAGUAUUCUUUCCAACUUCACCUCUUACCCAGUGGUCUCAGCUUUGGGAUCAGUGAGUGGGAAUGUCAUCCAGUGCACCAUCCAAGUUUCUGGCCUCAAUUCUGUGAUCUUGAAUUCUGUAACUCAGACCAAAAACUUGUACAGCUUCCUCGCUACUGGAAGCAUCACCAACGGAAUACCAGGCCUUCCUGUCGUUCAGUUGGUCAACACAGAUUUCUUUGGCCUAAUGAAUAUGGCCAACUUCAUCACCUUCUUCAACAACCUGCUUUAUGCUCCCAUGGCCACACAGCCUCUGACUGCAAGCAUCACAAAUGCAACGUGUGGACAGAAGAAGCUGUGUCUCUCCACACCCACCUCCUGUGACCCAGCAGGCAGUGCAUCAUGUCUGUUUGCCUCCGCAUCCAUGUCAUGGCAAGGAAACCUGGUUUUUGAGCUCAGAGGGAAUUCCAGUGGGUACAUUGCACUGGGACUGAGUACAGCAAACCUAACGCAAAAUUCCAUUGUGCUUGCCUGCGCACAGCAAAAUGGCAGCAUCUUCGUGUACACCUUCCAGCUCAUUGACAAUAUUCUGUACCAGUCCACCUUUAACCCAGUGGUCUCAGCUUCGGGAUCAGUGAGUGGGAAUGUCAUUCAGUGCACCUUCCAAGUUCCUGGUCUGAAUUACGUAAUCUUGAAUUCUGUAACUCAAGCCAAAAACUUGUCCGUCUUCCUUGCUACUGGCAGCAUCACCAACGGAAUGCCAGGCCUUCCUGCCGUUCAGUUGGUCAACACAGAUUUCGUUGGCCUAAUGAAUAUGGUCAACUUCAUCACCUUCUUCAACAACCUGCUUUAUGUUCCCAUGGCCACACAGUCUCUGACUACAAGCAUCACUCGCACAACCUGUGGGAACAGCAAGCUGUGUGUGGCAACACCAGUAUUAUGCAACCCAGCAGGCAGUACUCCGUGUCUGUUUGCCUCCAUCACCAACACUUCCUCACUACAGAACACCAAUGUCACUAUAGAACUUCGAGGGGAUUCUAGUGGCUACGUUGCAGUAGGAGGGAGCUUAACACAAUCAACGCAAAAUUCCAUUGUGUAUGCCUGUGCACAGCAAAAUGGCAGCAUCUUCGUGUACACCUUCCAGUCCAUUGACAAUAUUCUGUACCAGUCCACCUUAUACCCAGUGCUCUCUGCUUUGGGAUCAGUGAGUGGGAAUGUCAUUCAGUGCACUUUCCAAGUUUAUGGCCUCAGUUCCUUGGUUCUGGGUUCUGGUCAUCAGAUCAGAGACCUGUAUGCCUUCCUUGCUAAUGGCAGCAUCACCAACGGAAUACUGCAAGCUCCUGUCAUUCAGUUGUCACCUACGUCACUCAACAGUAACAGUGUCAUCCCCAUUCCUACACUACCUCUCACAACAAGUAUCACUAGCACAAACUGUGGGAAGACCAAGCUGUGUCUGAGGACACCAAAUGGCUGUAACCCAGCAGGCAGUAGUGAGUGCUUGUUUGCCUCCUCCGCCACCUCAUCCCAAGGAAUCAUGACUUUUGAGCUCCGAGGACAGUCUAAUGGGUACAUUGCGUUGGGACUCAGCACAGCCAACACAACGCAAUAUGCCAUCAUGUUUGCCUGUGCACAGCUAAGUGGCACUGUCUCCCUGUUCAGCACCAAGCUCAUAAACAGUUCAGUGAUCCAGGACAGUUCAAUCAGUGUGGACAACAUUCAGGGGACGCAGAAUGGAAAUGUUAUUCGGUGCACUUUUAAUACUGCUGGCCUCAGUUCCACAGCCUCAAAGAUUCGUGCACUAAAUACCACCUUUUUUGUCUUCCUUGCUACCGGAGAUGUCAACAAUGGAACACUGCAAGCUCCAGUCAUUAAGUUGCAACCUGUCUUGGUUGACCUGGCAAAUGCCACUGUUAACUUAUUUUCAAGCAGCCCACCCAUUCACUCCUAUUCAGCUUUGCUAAUCCUACUUAGUGUGGUGCCCUUCCAGCUGUUUUGAGGAAAAUCUAAAUCAAUCAGGUCAAGAAGACAGAGGGUGGUCGAUGUGUUGUCAACCUUUCCAAUGCUCAGAAGAUUGACAUAUAUAAAAGCUCUCUAUCAUCUAAUAUUAAAAUUACUCACUAAUGUGACUAUAAAAUCACCUACUCUGUGUGUGUGUGUGUGAGUGACAAAGUGUGUUUCACUUAAAGAUGAAGUUGUAAGACUUAUUGUAAGUUCGAGGAACAAUUCACUGAGUACAAAAAGUGAUGAAAUCAUUAAAUACUAUACAGUAUAAUAAAAGAUAACCUUUAUUACCUUUGCGAACCAGAAUCAUGAAGUGGGUAUCUGUGAAAGUCCUUUUCUGCUUUUUCAUAUGGUGGUGUUUUCUUAU